UGGUUACGACACCAACAUCAAGAACUAAAGAAGAAAAUCCCCGCGUACUGUUCCGUUUCAGCGGUGUCGUUCUGAGUUUCUUCGAGGAUACGGCGACUGUUACCGGGCCAUGGAUAGCUCGUACCGCUCAGACACUUCGGGCUAUAACAGCCGCUAUGUGCCCUCGCAGUACAGUCACCCCGGGCUUCACGAAGCGCGGGAGCCGGACCUCACGGCUCCACCGUGGACGCCUCCGCCGGCUUACGACGCUCGUCCCUUCGGUGUGGGUUUCGCGGGGCCACCUUUUGCCCAGCCUUAUGGAUUUGACCCCUCUGUGCCCCCGCCUGGUUUCGGCUGCCCACCCCCCGGACACCUCCUGAACCUCCCAAGCAUCCCCGGAGCCCCCCAGCAACUCCAAACACGGCCUCACGCUCCUCGCUGUGACCGUGAGCUAGCGUCUAACCGCAGCCACACGGAGCACCGCGGCCCGGUAGCGACACGGGAUCCGGACGAUGAUGUGACCCGGCAGAGGAAGCAGGAUACGAAAUGGGUCCGACAGUUCUUACAGGCCACAGGCAAGAAGAGCUGCGGGAGGCUACAGAGCCAGCACUCGCCGCAACUGAGCUCCGUGUCCUCCCUCAGACAGGCUCUGUACGGGGCGGCUCAGCUCAUCUCACGGCUGGAGGACCUUUGUCACACUCUGACCCACUCUCUUCACGGUGACGGCGAGUGGACGCACUCAUAUUCAAGGGCUUUAGACAUCAAGGCGGAGCUGGCGGACAAAGCCGGACUUCUCGCCGACACCUCACGGUUAGGUGAGCUGAAGGCUCAAGUGUCCCGGGCUGCUUGCAGGAGGCUCCGCAGACUCAGAGCCAGGAGAGAAGCGAAGACGGAGGAGAAAGCCGCGGAAGAGCGCAGGUCUCUCAAAGAGACCGCUGCAGACAAAUGGAGGAUGAAACUGAUGCAGGAAGUGGAGGAGAAGAAAAAGGAGAAGGAACUGAAGAUGGCUGCAGACUCUGUCCUUUGUGAAGUUAGGAAGAAGCAGGCGGAUGUGAAGAGGAUGCAGGACAUCCUGAGAUCCCUGGAGAAGCUGCGUCGGCUACGGAGAGAAGCGGUAUCCAAGAAAGGCAUCGUGACGGAGCUGCAAAACGACGAGGUGUUCAGCAGCACCCUGGAGCAGCUGAGGAUGGUGAUAAAGAGGAGGACUGUCGUUUACUCGGCAGAGGAGAAGGCCCUGAUGGUGAUGCUGGAAGGAGAGCGAGAGGAGGAGAGGAGGAGAGAGCGGGAGCGCCGAGUGAGGAAGGAGAGAGAGAGACAGCUGCAGAGGAAGCACAGAGUGGACUCCAUGCUGUUUGGAGAGGAGUUCCCAGCCAGCUGUGCCCUGCAGCCCUUCAGAGACUAUUACAGCCAGGCGGAGCACUCGCUGCACGCGCUCAUCCACAUCAGGAAAGAGUGGGACACGUGUUUGGUGGCAGUAGAUCAUCCUGAGAGUUCAUCCGUUCCUCAGAGCUGGGUCCUGCCGACC